AUGGGACGAGAACAACACUCCGGUGCGCGAGGAAAAUGGUACUACCCAAAGGAGCACACGUCGGAUAACGCAAACCGUCUGGUCGACUUAUGUGAACAGGCGGGCCUCAUCGUCGCUUUCGCAUUUAAGAGAGCAAAAGCGUUUGAGAAGGAGUGGGGGGACAAGAACACGAGGAAAGCCUAUGCUUUACUGAAACAGCAUAGCGGUGAUGAUGAAGAGAAGAUGAAAAGAUGUUCUCCAGUUCUCAACACUGUAAAUGGAGUGGCUGUCGAUCGACUAGUCCGACAUCGCGGAGAAACCACCUGUGACGAGCAGGCAGGCUUUCGUCCUGGCCAAUCAACGAUUGACCAAGUGUUCAUCGUUAGACAGUGA